AGGAAACCUACAUAUGAUUAUAAUCUGUGUACUUUUUUUUCCAAGGGGGAAAAGUAUGUUUUUACUCACAUACUAUUUUGUCAUGUUUUAGAGGUUGAAGCUCAUUAUGAACUGGGGUUUGAAGAAGCACUUGCUUUUGGAAUUUGCUGUUAAUUUCCCCCAGAGAAAUUCAAGAGCCACACGGUUAUUCUGUGGCCUAGUUUGGUUUUAAGUGGUGAGUGGAACGUGCUGUGUUGGGGGCUCUGCAAGGCAUUCAGGUGACAGAGCCUACCUCAAAGUAUCCUGUUCAUAGCUGGACCUGAUGCUGAGGACAGCUUGCUCUGCAUGUUGUCUGUAGUGUCUUCACUGUGUUCAUCACUGUUGCUUAACAUCUAGAGAACUGGGCAACUUCGAAGCAGCCACCGAGAGCUUUCAGAAGGCCCUGCUGCUCAACCAGAACCAUGUGCAGACCCUGCAGCUUCGGGGGCUGAUGCUGUACCACCAUGGCAGCCUGCAGGAGGCCCUCAAGAACUUCAAGCGCUGCCUGCAGCUGGAGCCUUACAACGAAGUGUGCCAGUAUAUGAAAGGGCUCAGCCACGUCGCCAUGGGACAGUUUUAUGAAGGGAUUAAAGCACAAACAAAAGUUAUGCUCAAUGACCCUCUCCCUGGCCAGAAGGCUAGCCCAGAGUACCUGAAGGUGAAAUAUCUCCGAGAGUACUCUCGGUAUCUUCACGCACACCUCGACACCCCUCUCACUGAGUACAGUGUGGACAUGGAUCUGCCGGGAAGCUUUAAGGACCACUGGGCCAAAAACCUGCCUUUCCUCAUAGAUGACUACGAGGAACAACCUGGCCUGCAGCCCCACAUAAAGUAAGAGUUUCAGGUUGGGACUUUUUCUUUCCUGGCGUUUAGGCUGUAAGUUCAUCUUGCUAUUUCGAUUUUUGUUUGCUCUUUUGAGAUAGGCUCUCGCCAUGUAGGCCAGGCUAGCCUCAGACUUGC